AGAUGGACGACUCAGAAGACAAAUCGUCGCCCGACAGCGUCCCCAAAUGGCAGCUCAACGCGCCCGCCGACGACGACGACGAACACGAACCCAACACGGAGCACACGGCGCAGGCGCAGUCCCAGUCGCAGGCGCAACAGCAUGGAGAUGAAGCCCACGCGGACAGGCUGCAGGUCGCGCGCCGGUUUCUGGAGGACGACGCCGUCAAAGCCGCUCCGCGACACACCAAAGCCGACUUUUUAAAGUCCAAGGGCGUCGACGAUGCCGAUAUCAGGUACCUUUUGGAUGGCAUAGAAGAAGAAGAGGAGGGUGAGGCACCAAAGGCCAAGGACGCAACACCAGCGCCAACAGACAAAUCAUUCGCCCCCAAACAACCCGCCGCCGCCGCCUCUGCCUCUCCAUCUCCCACCCCUAUCCUCGCACCCGGCGAACGCCCCCCCGUCGUGACAUACCCCGAGUUCCUCACCAAGCCCCAGCGCCCACCCCCCCUGGUCACCACAAACGGACUCCUCAACACGCUGUAUGCCUUUGGAGGCUUGUCCGCGCUCAUCUACGGCACGACAAAGUUCGCCGUCGAGCCAAUGGUGGAGAAGCAGACGAGCGCGCGCAUCGAGCUGCACGAGACCGCGGCAAGCAAGCUCGACGCCAUCGUCGCCAAGCUCGAAAACACCGUCUCCGUCGUGCCCUCGUACAAGUCCGCUUCUGCUGUGGCCAACGCAACGGACGCAAACGAGGAAGAUCCGUCUGAAAUGUUCCACCGCGACGUCGGCACCCAGACAUCCUUCCCCACCAGCCCUUCUACCUCAUCGCUCCAGAGCAAGGGCGAGGCCGAGUCGAAGCUCCAAGAGGAGCGUCUCUCGAAAUUCGCAAAGUCACUCAAGGGGCUUACCGAGGAUUUCACCUCGCAGAGCACCGACUCCCAGGACAUCAAGGUCCUGCUGGACGUUUUCCGUGACGACCUGGAUACCAUGACGUACGGGCAUCACGCUGAGCUAUUCGGGGGAUAUGACAAGAGGAAGAAGAAGCCCGAUUCGGAAGACGAGAUACGCAAAGUAAGGGACAACAUCAGGAGGAUAAAGGGCGUACUGCUGAGUGCGAGGACGUUUCCUACAUCUGCCAGGUAAAA